UGAAAUCUGGUAUAUAUAAAGGUCUUCUCCACUAUUACGCUCUUUACUAGUGCUGUUGGUUUGGCUCAGUACGAUCUCAAACAUGGCUCAGCAGGAAUAUAAAAUGCUUGGAGACAAAUUGUUCACCUACAAAGGAACUGUCAUAGCUGUGGAAGAAGUUCAUGACCUCUCUCUAGAAUAUAUUGACAGUUUACAAGAUUUUGAAACAAAGGAUGAUGAUGUCUUUGUUGUAACCUUCCCUAAAUCUGGUACGGUAUGGACCCAACGGAUCAUGACAUUAAUAUACGCAAAAGAUUUCCCGGACAAAACCAACGAAAUCACAUACGAGCAGAUGCCAUGGCUGGAGUAUCGGAUAAAAGAGAGAGAUUACAACACACGACCAUCUCCAAGACUCUUCUGCUCCCAUUUACUCCAGCCGCUGAUGCCCAAAAUGCUGCAGAGAAAAGGAAAAGUCAUCUAUGUCAUGAGAAACCCUAAAGACAUCAUGGUGUCAUAUUUCCAUUUUUCCAGCCAUAUGAAAAACCUGUAUUCUUCUGAGAGCUUUGAAGAGAUGCUGGAAAAAUUCUUCACAGGAUUCAUGAUCGGUGGCUGUUGGUUUGAUCAUGUUAAAGGAUGGAUCACAAAUAAAGACAAAUACAACAACAUCCUGAUCCUUACUUAUGAAGAAAUGAUCAAGGACCUCAGAUCUGUCGUUGUGAAAAUCUGUGAGUUUGUGGGAAAGAAUCUGUCGGACGCAGAGAUUGAUAAAGUGGUGGAAGCAACCACAUUCAAGAACAUGAAAAAUGACCCCGUGGCCAACUAUGAAUCCAUUGCUCAGACGACCACAGAACGUCCAAAACAGGCUUUUUUGCGCAAAGGAACAGUUGGGGACUGGAAGAACUCUUUAACCGUGGCUCAAAGUGAAUGUUUUGACCGCGUCUACCAAGAAAGAAUGAAGGAUGUACCUCUUAACAUGGUCUGGGACAUCUCAGAAUUUACUGGCUAAAAAGACGUGGCAUCCAUUUUCCAAACUAAUAAAGAUAAAACAUUAAUAGGAUAAUAAAAGAGAAGUAUUAACGGAUGUGUUCGCUAUAUCAUCAUGUCAAAACAGAUAACAGAGGUUGAUGAGGUUAUGAUGACAUUGUGUAGUUGAGAUGACUUUGUGUGAUGACUUUGGAAUUUUAAAUUAAUUUUAAAAGUCCAAAUGUUAUGAUUUUUUUUUACAUAAUUUUUUUUUAGGUUCACUUCAAUGUUAUUACGGUGUGAAAAUAUUUACAAAGAAAAACCUUUACUCUUUGUACAUCUUUUUAUGAAAUUAAAUCUGGAAAUAAUUUAUGAAAUAAACAGUGACGUCUCACUUUUCACUAUCAAAGCAAA